AAAAAAACAUCAUGAAACUCUGAUUAUCCAGGGCUCUGAUUGAGAAAUCCUCCGGAAACCUCAUUUGAUGAACUGGAAAUUUAUUCUGCUAGCUGGCUACCCUUGAUGGCUCAUACCGCCGGCGGCGACACGCGAUCACAGCCGGGCUUGGCUUCCCAGGUCGAUUCGGAAGAUGAUUCGGACGUGCAACAUCGGCUCGAGGUGACCUUCGGUACGGAUACGAACCAUCGUCGAAAAUCUUCCUGGGUCUCAGCUGAUACCCCUCGACACGCUCACGGCCAUGUCGACCACUCUAGCAACGCAGCAUGUUUCGUCCACUCGCUCCUCGGGAGACCAAAAGAGUUGCACCUCAAGCCAGUGCAAGAGAUCGUCCAAGAAGCGAAGGACGCCUCGAAAGCUCCUAGCGACGCCAACGCCGGAACUGGCAUGGUCCUGGAGUCUCGGCUGCUGACAAAGAAGCAGCUGUCCGAAAUGGCAUGGAACGUGAGAACACUCUCGAAAAAGCUGGGAAAUGUUCGGUUGAAGCUCAAUGUUAAGAGCGUCUUUCUCUUGACAAAGCCACAAGAUAAAUGCCUGGUGCGUCUCACCAGAGACGUUACUCAGUGGAUCCUUUCCAAGGAACGAGAAAGACAAUAUACCGUCUAUGUGGAAAGAAGAUUAGAGAGUGAAAAAGACUUUGAUGAGGCUGGUAUAUAUGCUGAAGAACCCUCAGCAAAAGGAAGACUGCAAUAUUGGGAUUCAGAUCUCAUUAGCCGGAAACCACAGUUAAUUGAUUUCAUCAUCACUCUUGGAGGUGAUGGCACUGUCCUUUAUGCUAGCUGGUUGUUCCAGCAAAUAGUUCCUCCUGUUCUCUCCUUCUCUUUGGGAUCCCUUGGAUUUUUGACCAAUUUUGAUUAUGGAAAUUUUCGUGGUACAUUGCAAAAGUCUUUUCACGAAGGUGUGACUGUUAGUCUUCGUCUGCGAUUUGAGUGUACUGUGAUGCGAAGCAGGAGCCGUACCUCAGAGAUUGCGACUUCAAAGCAGAAAGAUCUGGUGGAUGAGAUUCUUGGAGAAGAAUCUGAGGACGAUGUAACACAUGCGCCAGACAUGACAUUUCAGAUCCUGAACGAAAUCGUCGUCGAUAGAGGACCAAAUCCAACGAUGUCCUCCUUGGAAAUAUUUGGCGAUGAUGAGUACUUCACAUCAAUACAGGCAGAUGGUGUCUGUGUUGCAACACCGACUGGAUCCACAGCGUACAACCUGGCGGCGGGUGGCUCACUCUGCCAUCCGGAAAAUCCUGUGAUUCUCUUAACAGCAAUCUGCGCACAUACGCUCAAUUUCCGUCCUAUCAUCCUCCCGGACACAAUCGUGCUCCGAAUAGGUGUGCCAUAUGAUGCCCGCACCAGCUCGUGGGCGAGUUUUGAUGGCCGUGAACGCGUGGAGCUUUUGCCCGGAGAUUAUGUUACAGUAUCAGCCUCGAGAUUUCCCUUCGCGAAUGUGAUGACUCCCGGCCAGCGUAGUCACGAGUGGAUCAAUAGCAUCUCCCGAACAUUCAAUUGGAACUCAAGAGAAAGGCAAAGAGCAUCAGGCCAUGAUAAGUAUUGUGAGAAAUAUAAGAGAUGAAGCCUUUUGCCUCAAUCAGAAUUCAUCCCUCGAAACGUGCACAUCUCGACACACUGCAUGAAGCAUCCCGGACUCCGCUGCAUAGAACCGACGGCUGAACCGAAGGCCCAGCAAAGUUUCAUGCUAACAGUAUUUCAGGCCUAUGCUCCUUUGGGGCUCGAUCAUAGCAGCCAGCAUCAGGAGUUCAGUGUUUCUGCUGUUGGUAUUAACUUAUUUAUUAGAGGCUAUAUGCAUUUAUACUU